CCCUGUGGAAUAAACGUGGGAACCUGUGUUCUAUGGGGAAGUGUUCGGCCCUCCUCCCUUGAGCUGUCUCCAGUUUUACUUAAUACACCAACCUCAGAUGGCCUCACCUACUGCUAUUCCAUCGACCUCUCAGAGCGAGUAGCACUGAAGCUUGACCAGAAGUUCCCCUUCAGCCUCAUGAGGAGGAUUUCGGUGUUCAAGUACAUCUCAGGCUCUUCAGCUGAAAGAAGGGCAGCCCACAGCCGGAAGCUGAACCCCGUGCCCGGCUCCUACCCCACGCAGAGUGGCCACCCUCACCUGUCCCCGAGCCACCCUGUCGCCCAGAUGCAGCAUGCCAGUGGCCAGAAACUAGCCGCCUGGCCGGCUUGUGCUCCUGGCCACAUGCCCAGCCUGCCUCCGUACCAGCCAGCUUCUGGCCUGUGUUACGUACAGAACCAUUUUGGCACAACCCCCAACUCCUCCGGCGUCUACCCGGCUUCCGCGGGUGCCUCCCUGGGGGUCCAGCCCCCCGCCCCCCUCAACUGCCCUGGCACGGUGUAUUCUGGGGCCCUGGCCACCCCAGUGGCUGCAGGCUCCAAGGAGUGCUCAAGGGUCCUGAUACCCUGACAGGGAAUUUCUAGGGAAGUUAUCUCACAUCUUGGCUUUCUGAAGAAGGUCCUCUGUGAGCGAAGCUAAGAUUUUCUCGACAAAAAAUUAUUUAUCGAACACCUCUAUGUGCCAGGCUCUGUGUCGAGUAUUUUGAUAUGUAUCCCUAUUCCAGUCCUCAUGACAACUAUGUGAAGUGCAGUUUAUCGUCCCCAGUUUACAGACGCAGAGGGCGAGAUGCUCUGUGAUUAAGUCACGUAGUUCUGUAGCCGCCCCGCUGGGCUGCUUGGCCCCUGGCCCAGGGCGCCUCCCACCUGCCGCCCUGCCUCCCGAAGAACAUCUGGGAGAAGAGCGCACUGGGGUGGUCAGUGGCUGCCAGGGGCUCGUUCUAGCUCUGUGUUUCCUUCCUGUCUUCGUGUGUGGUGCUCUUGGUUCUAGUGUUCGUGCGUCUAUGUCUGCCCUUCGGGAGCUCCCAGCCGGUGCGCUUGGCAGUCCCGGGGCCCGUGUAGUGUUGCUCCCCUACAGUGACCACCCCCCGCCGCCAGCCUUCUGCCCCAGGAGCGGUGCAGUGGGCCAUGGUGAACCGCAGCAGCAUGCUGAUGGAUCCAUAGUGUUGAUUACCUUUGUAUAAAGAAACCGCCUCCAACCUG